GAUGGUACAGUCCCAUAGUGACGGCAUCGCCUGGGAAGCGCUGAGGCCGACUGAGACUUGUUUUGCUACAUUGUUGACGUUCUUGCUCAACAUUUUUACAUUGUUUUGAGUUUUAGGAAUACAGCAAUAGCAAUAUUUCUUUUUUUUUCUUGUCACUGUCUGAUUCCUCAGCAACCCUCUACGAUUUUACUGCGCAUCGAGCAAACUCUCCCGGAAUCAGCCACCAUGAAAUGGAUGUUCAAAGAGGAUCAUUCCCUGGAACAUCGGUGUAUAGAGUCGGCCAAAAUACGCAGCAAGUACCCAGAUAGGGUUCCGGUGAUCGUGGAGAAGGUGUCUGGGUCUCAGAUUGUGGACAUCGACAAGAGGAAGUAUUUGGUCCCCUCUGACAUCACGGUGGCCCAGUUCAUGUGGAUCAUCAGGAAGCGCAUCCAGCUGCCCUCGGAGAAGGCCAUCUUCCUCUUCGUCGAUAAGACCGUGCCUCAGUCCAGCAUCACCAUGGGACAGCUGUACGAGAAGGAGAAGGACGAGGACGGGUUUUUAUACGUGGCGUACAGUGGAGAGAACACCUUCGGUGUCUAGACCCGCCGUCUUCGUCUUCGUCAUCAUAAGCCUUACUUACGACAGAAUACAACACCCACCACCCUAACUCACACCCCACCCCUGGGAGAAGCCCUGGGAAACCCCAGAGAAAAGAAGUGAAAUAAAUAGAUGAAGAGAGUGGAUCAGUUGAGUGAGAACCAUCAUGAUGUGUGUCACCAGUCUGUCUCAUCUAUUCCUGCACAUGUUUUGUAUCGAUGCUGUACACAUUCAUUUAUUAAUAUGUUUAUUAUUAUUAUUAUUAUUAUUAUUAUGAUGAUAUGUGUAGUGAUACAAAUUGGAAUGACUGUUUUGGUUUUGUCUGACGUUUUGUGCUUUACAUUUUAGUUUAGGAGCUUUUCAGUUUGUUUUUGUUUUUUUCAUUCGUGAAAUAAUAUUUUUUCGUUUUAGUUUUUGAAGUUUGGCUUUUAUCCUUGAAGAUUUAUAUUUCAAAUAAUUUUAACUAUUUGAACGGUAAGGUAGCUGGAUGACCUAACCAAUAAAACAAUGUGAAUGAUC